CGAAGGAGUAAAAAGUAAGCGCGAGCUGGGAAGCGAGMGCGCGCGUCAGAGAGGGAGYGAGAGAACGCCAKCGGACCUCAAGACGGAGGGCGAACGGAGUGUCACGGUUCCUCCUAUAAUAAGAGCUACUAAAAACCUCCACUAACAGCGAAGGCUGGAAGCAGUCCGUCAGCCAAACCUGCUCAAAAUGAUUCUCCAACUCCUAUGGUUUCUUGUCUGCGGCAGUCAAGCUGUUCUGCAGGUGUCCAUAUCCUUGAACAAGGUGGAGCUAAGUGUGGGAGAGUCCAAGUUCUUCAAAUGCACAGUGAUCGGCGAGCCGGUGAAGUUGGAGUGGUUUAACCCCCAGGGGGAGCGCAUYGUGUCGUCCCAGCGUGUGGCCCUGCACACCGGUGAGGACAGCUCCAGGCUGACCAUCUACAACGCUGUAGUGGAGGACGCGGGCAUCUAUCGCUGCCAGACCACCGACGCCCAGGGACAGACGCAGGAGGCCACCAUGGUGCUGGAGAUGUACCAGAAGCUGACGUUCCGCGACGUGAGGUCCCCCCAGGAGUUCCGUCACGGCGAGGCGGCAGAGGUGGUGUGUGAUGUCAUCGCCUCGCCGGCACCCGCGGUCUCUUGGUUCUACCAAAAGGGCUUCAAGAGCAUGGAGAUCACAGAGGAGCACUACAGCAGGUUCCAGGUGCUGCCCAACAACAACCUGCAGAUCCACAAGGUGACCAAGGCGGACGAGGGCGUGUACCGCUGCGAAGCGCGAGUGGAGGCCCGCGGYGAGAUCAACUUUGUUGACAUCGAGGUGGUGGUGAAUGUUCCUCCCGUGCUGUCGAUACUACAGCAGUCAUUCAAUGCCACAGCAGACUACCAGGAGUCAGUGACUUUCACCUGCGUCACAUCGGGAUCCCCCGACCCCGAUGUCACCUGGCACAGGAAGGGCCAGCGGUUGGAGAGGUCGGAGCAGUAUGUCCUCAACACCAUGGAGGGAGGCAGGAGUACCCUGACCAUCCGCAACAUCAUCCAAGGGGACGGGGGCAGCUAUACCUGCCGAGCCACCAACAAGGCCGGGGCGGAGGAGAGGGAGCUCUUCCUCAAAGUGUUCGUCCAGCCACACAUCACCCAGCUGCGUAACGUGACGGCGGUAGAGGGCAGCGCCGCCAUGAUCUCCUGCGUGGCYGAGGGGGAGCCGCUSCCUGAGAUCUCCUGGAGGAGAGCCAGUGACGGUCAGAGCUUCGCCGAUGGAGACAAGAGCCAAGAUGGACGUAUGGAUGUGCGGGGCCGCCAUGGCAAGUCCAUGUUGACCAUCAGUGGGGUGAAGCUUACUGACUUGGGACGUUUUGACUGUGAGGCCCUCAGCAGGAUCGGGGGCCACCAAAAGAGCAUGUUCCUCGAUAUAGAGUACAUGCCCAAGUUCCAGACCAACCAAACCAUCUUUUACUCGUGGGAGGGCAACCCGGUGAACAUCAGCUGUGACGUCAAGUCCAACCCGCCCGCCACCAUGCUAUGGAGGAGAGAACGCCUCACCAUCUCGGCCGAAGGCACUGCCAACACACGUGUCCACACUAUCGACGGCAAGUCCCUGCUAGAGGUCACCCCAGUGUCCGACAGGGAUUUCGGACGCUACAACUGCACGGCACGUAACAACAUCGGAGCGAAAUACCAGGAGUUCAUCUUGGCCCAGGCAGACGUGCCCUCGAACCCGUACUCGGUGCGCUUGUCGGCCGUGUCGCAGCGCAUCGCCACGGUGACAUUCAUGAAACCCGACUCACAUGGCGGUGUACCCAUUGGCCACUACCUGGUCAACUACAAGGAAGUGGGCUCGCAGGACUGGAGAGACGUCAAGUCUCAUGGUGUCCAGACGAUAGUACUGCUGACAGGCCUAGAGCCCAACACCACCUACGAAGUGCGAGUGGCUGCAGUCAAUGGGAAGGGCCAGGGGGAGUUCAGCCACACGGAGUCCUUCCAGACUCUACCCAUACGUGAGCCCAGCCCCCCGGCAGUGCAUGGCCAGAGAGGGAUGGGGAAGGCCUACCGGCUGGGCCUUGUCAAGCAAGACGACGGGGGCAUGCCCAUCGUGGAGUACAUUGUCAAGUACAAGACGGACAAGGAGGAGCAGUGGAUGACGAAGCUGGUGUCGGGGCAGCAAGACUUUGCCCUGCUGCAGCCGCUGCAGUGGAACACGCGCUACGAGGUGGAGAUCACGGCUCGCAACGUCAAGGGCCUCUCGGAGCCCACCUUUUACCAGUUCUUCAUGCCCCAGAAACCAGACAUCAUAGCAGACUCCCUGUUCAGCGGCCUGGGGCUGGGGCCUGUCGUGGGCCUGGGUCUGGUCGGCCUCCUCCUGGUCCUCGUGGUGGUGGACGUCAGCUGCUACUUCCUGCGCCAGUGCGGCCUGCUCAUGUGUAUCACGCGCAAGCUCUGCAGCAAGAAGACGGCCACCAGCGGCAAGAGCAAGGAGAUGGAGGAGGGCAAGGCCGCCUACCUGGGCGAUGGGUCCAAGGAUCCUAUCGUUGAGAUGAGAACGGAAGAGGAGAGAAUAACUAACCACGAUGGGAGUCCAGUGCACGAACCCAACGAGACUACACCUCUCACAGAGCCAGAGAAGCUACCGCUGAAGGAGGAGAACGGGAAGGAGACGCUCAAGCCYGACAUGAUCGAGAUCAAAGUGCACAGUGACAACAGCAUCCACACAAAGCAGGACGACAGUAAAGCAUAAAAUGUGUGUGCCCUCUCGCCCCUCGCCGCAAACGAGAACAUUUCAGAGCAUCCUACCCUGAGACCAAAACACAGAAUAAACACGACACAUAAAAAAAUAUGAUGAUAUCUCUUAUAUGUCCAUAAGGGCCCAGAGAAAAACGAAAAGUGUGUGUAAAUACAAAUAAGAGAGAGGAAGACCCCAACAACAAGUGUUUUUAUGUGACUAAUCAAUGAUGUUGUUUCUAWCCAAGAUGGCUCCAGUUGAAGACACUUCGUGUAGAUCAGUGAUUGUAAUAUUGUUUCAUUUUUUUCCUCUGACUUUGGUUUUGUUGUUGUUUUUUAUGCCUUGGCCGUUGCUUAUCCGUUGCUUUUAUUUAUUUUCCUUCCCCCUCUUAUUCAAUCCCCAAUUUGCAAAAACACACCCGAUCCUACACACAUACAUACACACACGAGCACAUACACACCAAAGCGCUCUGUCUUAAGGAUAAGUACCGCCACUAUCGACUCCCACUCAAGUCUGCUGUGCCUGGUAAAAAGAUCUCCUACAGUAGCAUUUACAGAGUAAGCUACCCUGUCCUCACUGCAGCAGUCUCGUCUGUAUUCUAUUGCGGCUCUGGUCUAAGAUGUAAUGUCUGGGUUGUCCUGUCUAAUGCUUUUGUACUACGUUACAUCCGCCCAUGUAUGUCCACUCCUCUUUGAGCUUCCGGCUCAGAGAAUGUUGAGCUAGCUCAUCGGUUAUGCCACUAUUUUGUUUYGUUUUU